AUGAACUUUUUUCAAUCCAUAACAAGUGCUUUAGAUAUUGUCUUAGAAAAAGAUCCUACUUCAGUGAUUUUUGGAGAAGAUGUUGCAUUUGGUGGGGUGUUUAGAUGCACUGUAGGAUUGAAAGACAAAUAUGGUAAAGAAAGAGUGUUUAAUAGUCCUCUAAGUGAACAGGGAAUUGUAUCAUUUGGUAUUGGUAUUGCUGCUGCAGGAGCUACAGCUAUUGCUGAAAUACAGUUUGCUGAUUACAUCUUUCCAGCAUUUGAUCAGAUUCAUAAUGAAGCAGCUUAUUUUCGAUACAGGAGUGGUAAUCAAUUUGAUUGUGGUGGUUUAACUAUAAGAGCACCAUCAGGAGCUGUAGGUCAUGGUGCUAUUUACCAUUCGCAAUCACCAGAAGCUUAUUUUGCUCACAUUCCUGGAAUUAAGGUUGUUGUACCAAGAGGACCAAUUCAAGCUAAAGGUUUAUUAUUAAGUUGUAUUAGAGAUAAGAACCCCUGUAUAUUUUUUGAACCAAAGAUAUUAUAUAGAUCAGCUGUAGAAGAUGUACCAUUUGGUGAUUAUAUGAUUCCACUAUCAGAGGCUGAAGUUCUAAGUGAAGGUACUGAUGUAACAUUGGUUGGCUGGGGAACUCAGGUACAUGUGUUAAGAGAUGUAGCAUUAAUGGCACAAGAGAAGUUGAAUGUAUCUUGUGAAUUGAUUGAUCUGAGAACUAUUUUACCCUGGGAUGUAGAUACUAUAGCUAAGUCUGUUGUCAAAACAGGUAAAUUGUUAAUAGCUCAUGAAGCCCCAUUAACUGGUGGAUUUGCUGCAGAAAUAGCAUCAACUAUUCAGUCAGAAUGUUUCUUAAAUUUGGAGGCACCAAUACAGAGAGUUUGUGGUUAUGAUACACCGUUUCCUCAUGUGUUUGAACCAUUCUAUAUGCCAGAUAAAUGGCGAUGUUUUGAAGCUGUAAAGAAAUUAGUUGGAUAUUAA